UUUGCGUCACUUUCAAUCCACCAAUCAUUGACGAGUUCAUUGAGCGGAGGGGAGCUGCUACUGAGCCGUCUUUGUGUUGACAUCUGUGGGGGAUUGAGAGGAGAGGCCUCCGACAUCCUCCAUAAUGCUGUCUAGCAAGAAGUCAGAGGCUGGCUCCUCUUCCUCCUCCUCUUCUUCCUCUGGUGGCACAGCAGGAGGUGAUAGGGUCCAGAUGGCUGAUGCUCAGACUGGACCCUCAGCCUCAGCUGGAGGAGCUAUGGAUGUAAAAAAGAAGGAAAGGUCUUCCCCUAGUGGGGAACAUGCAGGAGCUCCUUUGCCCCACCAGGCAGGCCCUGGGGGGGCAGAUCAGGACUCAGCUGAAGUCCGCAGGACAAGUCGACGAAAGCGAGCAAAACAGGUGGAGUACCGCGAGAUGGACGAGAGCCUGGCUAAUCUAUCGGAGGAUGAGUAUUACUCAGAGGAGGAGAGAAAUGCCAAGGCAGAAAAAGAGAGGAAGCAGGUGAUUCCACCUCCACCUCCACCAGUAGAUGAAGAGAAUGACAGUGAACCAGAGGAACCAUCUGGUGUGGAAGGAGCUGCUUUUCAGAGUCGUCUUCCUCAUGACCGUAUGACUUCCCAAGAGGCCGCUUGCUUCCCAGAUAUCAUCAGUGGUCCCCAGCAGACUCAGAAAGUCUUCCUCUAUAUCCGCAACCGUACACUCCAACUGUGGCUGGACAACCCUAAGAUCCAACUGACCUUUGAGGCCACAGCACAGCAGCUUGAAGCUCCAUACAACAGUGAUGCCGUGCUGGUCCACAGGAUACACAGCUACUUGGAAAGACAUGGCCUCAUUAACUUUGGCAUUUAUAAGAGGGUCAAGCCAUUACCCACCAAGAAGACUGGGAAGGUUAUAAUUAUUGGUGGAGGUGUGUCUGGCUUAGCUGCUGCAAGGCAACUGCAAAGCUUUGGGAUGGAUGUCACAGUAUUAGAGGCCAGGGACCGUGUUGGAGGCAGAGUGGCCACAUUUAGGAAGGGCAACUAUGUUGCUGAUCUGGGAGCCAUGGUGGUGACAGGCCUUGGAGGGAAUCCCAUGGCAGUGGUCAGUAAGCAGGUUAACAUGGAGCUGGCCAAGAUCAAACAGAAGUGUCCACUGUAUGAAGCCAAUGGCCAGGCUGGUGAACGGUGCACAAGUGUGCCAAAAGAAAAAGAUGAAAUGGUGGAGCAAGAGUUCAACAGACUGCUGGAGGCCACUUCCUACCUCAGCCACCAGCUUGACUUCAACUUCCUCAACAACAAACCUGUGUCUCUGGGACAGGCCCUGGAGGUGGUCAUACAGCUGCAGGAGAAGCAUGUAAAAGACGAGCAGAUAGAGCACUGGAAGAAGAUUGUAAAGACUCAAGAAGAUCUCAGGGAUCUUCUCAACAAGUUGGUGUCCACUAAGGAACGGGUUAAGGAGCUUCAUCAGCAGUAUAAAGAGGCCAGUGAAGUCAAACCACCAAGAGAUAUCACAGCUGAGUUCCUGGUGAAGAGCAAGCAUCGGGACCUCACCGCACUCUGCAAAGAGUAUGAUGAGUUGGUGGAGCUGCAGGUCAAACUGGAGGAGAAGUUACAGGAGCUAGAAGCCAAUCCACCCAGUGAUGUUUACCUGUCAUCAAGGGAUCGACAGAUCUUAGACUGGCACUUUGCCAACUUGGAGUUUGCCAACGCUACACCCCUUUCCACCCUCUCUCUCAAACACUGGGAUCAGGAUGAUGACUUUGAGUUCACUGGCAGCCACCUGACUGUAAGGAACGGUUACUCUUGUGUUCCUGUGGCCCUGGCUGAAGGCUUGGACAUCAAACUAAACACAGCGGUGCGGCAGGUCCGCUACACAGCCUCUGGCUGUGAGGUGAUAGCAGUCAACACUCGCUCAACAACCCAGACCUUCAUCUACAAGUGUGACGCUGUGCUGUGCACCCUGCCCCUCGGUGUGUUGAAGCAGCAGCCCCCUGCUGUGCAGUUUGUUCCCCCGCUCCCCGAGUGGAAAACAUCUGCCAUACAGAGGAUGGGCUUUGGCAACCUCAACAAGGUGGUGCUGUGUUUUGACCGUGUGUUCUGGGACCCGAGUGUCAACCUGUUUGGUCAUGUCGGCUCCACCACAGCAAGUCGGGGCGAACUCUUCCUCUUCUGGAACCUGUACAAAGCCCCGAUCCUACUUGCUCUGAUGGCUGGAGAAGCUGCUGGAAUCAUGGAGAACAUCAGCGAUGACGUUAUUGUCGGACGCUGCCUUGCCAUUCUCAAAGGAAUAUUUGGAAGCAGUGCUGUGCCGCAGCCAAAGGAAACUGUGGUCACACGUUGGCGUGCCGACCCCUGGGCUCGAGGCUCCUACUCGUACGUAGCAGCGGGUUCUUCGGGCAACGACUACGACCUCAUGGCGCAGCCCAUCACACCCGGCCCUGCUAUACCCGGAGCCUCACAGCCUGUCCCUCGUUUGUUCUUCGCUGGUGAACACACCAUCAGGAACUACCCGGCCACAGUUCACGGCGCCCUCCUCAGCGGGCUCCGCGAGGCUGGCCGCAUCGCAGACCAGUUCCUCGGUGCCAUGUACACGCUUCCCCGACAGGCCACUCCUACUGCGGCCAGCAACCCUCAGCAGGCUCAGCAGCCCACGCCCAGCGUCUGAAAAAGUUUCCUGACAACUCAGGACUGUCAAACCAACUCUUAACAGUUUGUGUGUGGGGGGGGGGAGAAAAAAGUUGAAAUUGAAACGUCUUGAAAGUCCAGGAACAACUUUGCCUCUUUUGCCUUUUGAUGAAAUAAGUGACACUUGUAGAGUUUAUUUUCCGGUUGUAUGUAUAUGUAUGUAUAAUUGAAUUGAGAAACCUUAUGGAUUUGGAUGUUCUCAUUUACAGUCGACUCACAUUGCAAAGACUGGACUUCAAAUAGAUCUGAAUUUUAUCUUUUACGUAAAAAAAAUCCAUCUUAUAUUUUAUAAAUGUGCGAUUUACCCCAGUCUUAAAAGUGAAGCAUGGUGUUAUAUGUGCUUUCAGAACCCAGUGUCUAUUUAUGUGCCCCACUCUGAACAUUAAAGAACGGCUGGAAACUUCUUCACGCCUUGUUCACACAACUUAAAACUAUGGACAAGGCGGAAGAUUCAGUACCACUGUCUCAAUCCACUACAACUGUGUUGCUCCUGUAAGUGAAAAGACAUUUCCCUCUGUUGUUGUUGUUCCAGAGGCUUUGUCCUGGUUGUCUGAAGGCUGAAACCAUAGCGAGAAUUUAAUUUCUAUCAUCUAGGUUUGCAGAGUGUAGGGAAAAUAGUUUGUAUUGAACGUGUAAAAGACAGAUAGGAUGACCGAUCUGUGAAUGUUUGUGUUUUGUUUUUUUUGGCAUAACAGUUUGAGUAUUUUAUUAUGGCUGUCCGUGUCAUCACAUACUUUUGAUAUUGUCAACUUUUUUUGUUAUUAAAAGAAGAGAAAAUGCAUCUAAAAA